AUGGAAAAUGACCCGAGUAACACAACGGCGGGUCGCGAGACUGGGCGUUGCAUGUCGGUGGCAGCCAUGCAGGCACUGCACCGGCUGCGCGAGUGUCGCCUACUGUGCGACGCCAUCGUGCGCGCGGACGACGGCGCCGCCUUCCCCGUGCACCGCGCCAUACUGUCAGCCUGUAGCCCCUACUUUCUGGCAUUGUUCACAACAACGUUACACUCUCGAGAACAGAGCGACGUGGUGAUAUCGGGAGUCCGCUCGGAGAUUCUCCUGUUGCUCAUCGAGUACGCAUACCUGCGCCGCAUAGAGGUCUCUGACACCAAUGUGCACGAGCUGCUGAUGACGGCGGACUAUUUGGCGUUCCUCGGGGUGCUGCAGCUCUGUUGCGACCAUCUCAGGGCCUCGCUGAGCCCGAAAAACUGUCUUGGUAUUAUGACGUUUGCUAGACGAGUAUUUUGCUAUAAGUUGGAGUCUGAAUCGCGAAGGUAUUUGCUGCGAUACUUUGUGACAGUGGCGACGCAGAGUGAUGAGUUCAUCCAUCUCCCAAUCGAUGAGCUCAACGGCAUCAUACUAGAGGAUGAGUUGAACGUCAAAAGCGAAGAAGUAGUGUGGGAAGCUGUUUUGCGUUGGGUGAAUUAUGAUCCUGACAUACGUUGGCAUCACACAGUGAAACUCAUGGGCAGCAUACGGCUCGGAUUACUUGAUACUCAAUUUUUCUUGGAAAACGUCAAGGAUCAUCCAUACGUGACGGGAAAUGAGGGCUCGCGUCCGAUCAUCAUCGAAACGCUGAAGUUUCUCUACGACUUGGAGAUGAUCGCCCAGAGAGAUGGGGAGGUGGCUACGCCGGAGAUCGCGCGACCAAGAGUUCCACAUGAGGUUUUGUUUGCAAUUGGCGGAUGGAGCGGUGGCUCGCCCACUGCGUUCAUUGAGACGUAUGAUACACGAGCAGACCGAUGGAUUAAGGUGGAGGAGGUAGACCCAGCGGGACCGCGAGCCUACCACGGCACCGCAGUGCUGGGCUACUGUAUCUACGUCAUCGGUGGCUUCGACGGCAUGGACUACUUCAACUCUUGCCGCCGCUUCGAUGCCGUCACUAAGUCUUGGCGAGAGGUGGCGCCGAUGAACGCGCGGCGGUGCUACGUAUCCGUAGCGGUGCUGGGGGAGACUAUCUACGCGAUGGGCGGCUACGACGGCCACCACCGCCAGAACACGGCCGAGCGGUUCAACCACCGCACCAACCAGUGGUCGCUGGUCGCGCCCAUGAACGCCCAGAGAUCCGACGCUAGUGCCGCUUCGCUGGACAACAAAAUCUACAUAACGGGCGGCUUCAACGGCCAGGAGUGCAUGAACAGCGUGGAAAUGUACGACCCGGACACGAACCAGUGGACCAACCUGGCUCCGAUGCGCUCGCGCAGGUCCGGCGUCUCGUGUAUCGCUUACCACAACAAGAUCUACGUGAUCGGUGGUUUCAAUGGCAUAUCGAGGAUGUGCAGCGGCGAGGUGUACGACCCCAACACGAACACGUGGUCGCCUGUCCCGGACAUGUACAACCCGAGGAGCAAUUUCGCCAUAGAAGUCAUCGACGAUAUGAUCUUCGCCAUCGGCGGCUUCAACGGCGUCACCACCAUCUACCAUGUGGAGUGCUACGACGAAAGGACCAACGAAUGGUACGAAGCCACUGACAUGAACAUCUAUCGUUCGGCGCUGUCCGCCUGCGUCAUAAUGGGCCUGCCCAACGUAUACGACUACAUCCACAAGCAUCGCGAGCGACUGAUGGAGGAGAAGCGGCAGAAGAUCUUGCUGUCGGAGACAGCGCGCCACGGGCAGCAUCGCACUGCUCUUCCCGAUGUUCAUUUGAUGGAGGAUAACGAUGAUAUGCUGGAACAGCUGGGCUUGAUGGAACACCAGCCUAACAACAUCCCCAUCCCUCCGCCGCCGCCGCCGCCGCAGCAACCCAUGGAGCAAGACUGAAAUUAACCAAUGCUCUACAACAUUUUGUUCUGUACACUAAUUACAUACCUCUUAGUAAGACGACAAAAUAAAUCUUUUAAAGAAACAGUAUUUACCUAUAGUACCUACACUAUUAUUUAUAAUGUGAAAUUUACGUAAUUGACAUUUUAUUUUUAAAAUAAUUUACAUAUAUAUUUUAGUAAUUUUGGCAUAUUUUUGACGUGGUGAUAUUUCAUAAUGUGAAUCAUAUCUGUAUUUAUGGAACGGUUUUUGAAAAUUGUACAAAAUUUUUCAUACAAGUAU